UCAGCUCAGCCAACAGCUAGUAUAAAAGACACACAGCAGCCUCCACUCAUAACCCUCUCUCAUUUCUCUCCGCACAAUCUCCUCCCUUCCGUCUACCUUCCCGAGCUUCGACCCAGUCGGACGAAGGUGUUUUCUGCAGAUUUGUAAUGGCUGAUCAGCGGUACCCAACCAUCCGCCAGAAGGUGGCUAACCAGCUACAUCUGGGCUCGAGCCUCUCACAGGACGUUCAGGCUCGUUAUGGUGGUUUCCAAAGGCCUGCUACAUACCAGAGGCAAUUUGCUUAUGGAAACUACACAAAUGCAGGUCUACAGUACCCUGCCACCUGCUCCCAGAAUCUCUCCUUGAUUACUGCAAAUGCAUCGCCAGUGUUUGUUCAGGCUCCACAAGAGAAGGGCUUUGUUGGAUUUGCCAUUGAUUUUCUCAUGGGAGGAGUUUCAGCUGCCGUGUCUAAGACAGCUGCUGCCCCAAUUGAACGUGUCAAGCUUUUGAUCCAAAAUCAAGAUGAAAUGCUCAAGGCUGGCAGGCUCUCAGAGCCUUACAAGGGGAUUGGAGAAUGCUUCAAGAGAACCGUUCAGGAAGAAGGAUUCGGUUCAUUGUGGAGAGGAAACACUGCCAAUGUUAUCCGUUACUUCCCCACUCAGGCUUUGAACUUUGCAUUCAAGGACUACUUCAAGAGGCUCUUCAACUUCAAGAAGGACCGUGAUGGCUACUGGAAGUGGUUUGCCGGAAACCUUGCUUCCGGUGGUGCGGCUGGUGCUUCAUCGCUCCUCUUUGUGUACUCCUUGGAUUACGCCAGAACACGUCUUGCUAAUGACGCCAAGGCUGCCAAGAAGGGAGGUGAGAGGCAAUUCAAUGGUUUGGUCGAUGUCUACAGAAAGACUCUGAAAUCCGACGGUGUUGCUGGUCUUUACCGUGGAUUCAACAUCUCGUGUGUCGGUAUUAUUGUGUACCGUGGUCUGUACUUCGGAAUGUACGAUUCUUUGAAGCCGGUACUCUUGACUGGAUCACUUCAGGACAAUUUCUUUGCCAGCUUUGCCCUCGGUUGGCUCAUUACCAACGGUGCUGGUCUUGCAUCUUACCCAAUCGACACUGUGCGUAGAAGAAUGAUGAUGACGUCAGGUGAAGCAGUCAAGUACAAGAGUUCUUUGGAUGCAUUCUCCCAGAUCCUGAAAAACGAGGGGGCGAAAUCUCUGUUCAAGGGUGCUGGUGCUAAUGUGCUUCGUGCAGUUGCUGGUGCUGGUGUGCUUGCAGGUUACGACAAGCUUCAGGUUAUUCUUCUUGGAAAGAAAUACGGCUCAGGUGGUGCAUAAUUAAUAUAAUAUAUUACCGUUACCACCUUUAUUUUAAUUUUCAGUAAUAGAUGGCGAUGAAAAUCUUUUUGUUGUUUAGUUUGAGGAUAUUCACUCAAGGCAAAGUUUGCGCACUUUGAAUAAUUUGAACUUACCCCAAAACAUUUGUUCCCCCUUUAAUGGGUGGGUGUUUUGUUCCUGGAUCUUUUCCCGGAAAGAGAUGGCUUAUUUUUACCGAUUAAUUUUUGCGGUUUUAUAUGUACGUGAGAUUUUGUUUUUAAAUGCAAUGCUUUUAAGGUUUAU